AUGGACCUCGUCUUUAAGGGUCCCAACCCUGCGAAGUUUCCCGCUCUCCGCAAAGACAUCUGGGACUCUCGCGAAAAAGCCGAGUCCGCGCUGCGCCGCGGCCUGAGCAAAUGGGACCCCCGAGUCGCCGAGCGGUAUCUCCGCUACGGCUUGCGAGCUGUUCCUACACGGUUGUACAACAAACAGUCACAUCCGGCUCUGUCCGAAAAUGCCGUGACACUGACUACAACCAAACACCAUGAAUCAUGGGGGUACACGACGCCCAACCUGGAGCCCGAGUCCGCGGGUCUAGACCGACUCUUACUGCCAGACUGGGAUGUCGAGAAGGAACGCCCAUAUGCGUUCUCGCGACCGGAGUGCUGGUCCUCGAUGCGGAAUCUGCCUUUCCUGCGCCCGAGUGUCCUUUGGGUCUUCGGGGAGAAUAGCUAUGUCUCUUCGCGAGAGAUGGAAGAUGAAAAGAUGCGAGUGACGGGCACUGGGCCGGGAGGCAGCGGCGGUGCAGCGAAGGGUAUGGUGGAGAAAGCUCUGCUAGAGAAGGCAGGGCAUAAUUUGAUUUUAGAGGAGGUGGACAGGAGCGCUAAAGUGGGAGCUGAUUGGAUUGGGCGCUGGUUCCGGGGGUGGUUGGCUGAUGAGGAAUUCUGGAACAAUUAUCAGAGCAAGAGGUCUGAUGCUGAGAUGCUCAGGUUGUCGGAUGCGGCAUUUAAGGUGUCGCAGAUGCUGAAUGGUGACUUGAGAGUCCAGGGGAAAUUGUAA